AUGGACUUCGCGCCCUACCAAUCCUCACCACCCGAGAACAACCGUCCCUUCUCACCGCCCAUCAGCGGCGCCACCUCCCCGCGCGCAUCCCUCGACAACCGGCGGCCCUACUCGCCGUCCCAAAGAGGCGGCUUCGCGUCCCCGCCUCCGCUACAACACCCGCAACCGCAACGCUCGUGGCAGCCCACGCUGCCGGGUGCGAAUAACGGAUAUGCGUCCGAGGCCGGCAUUGGAGGAGGAGGAGGAUAUGGUGGUGGAAGGGACGGCGUGAGCGAGUUUGAUACGAGUCUGGGGAUCCGCUUGGACUAUGAGGCGUGUCUGGCGUAUGUGGGGUUGCCGCCGCUGGGGGCGAUUGUGCUGCUGAUCUUGGAGCGGAAGAGUGACUUUGUGCGAUUUCAUGCCUGGCAGUCGAGUUUACUGUUCACCUUCAUGUUCAUCAUACACCUACUCUUCUCGUGGUCGAGAUUCCUAAGCUGGGUCCUCUUCAUCGCAGAUCUGGGUUUGAUGGGAUGGCUGGCCUUGCGGGCCUACAGAGAUGCAGAUACACUUGACAGAUUUGAGGUACCGGUAUUCGGACAAAUAGCGAGUCGGAUACUGGAUGACGAGUAG